AUGGCCUCGGAAUUCAUACCACUAGAGGGCUACUGUCUCUACCGGAAUUCUAUCUGUUCCAAUGACACUACCUUAAAAAGCCCGAACAAUAGUACUGGUUCAUGUAGUAAACCUCCUCGACCGAACCAAUCACGCGCCAGGUACCAACAAAAAUCCUUUCGAGAAACCGAGCGGUCGGUGUCCCAAAAGCGAAGAUUUCAUUCCAUCAGUAGCAGUCGUUCACAGCAAAGAAAGAAAAAGUUGAUUGUUAAGCAGCAGCCUACCGGAUGGUACCAAGUGAGCAGCAUUACGCGGAAUUUAUCGCUGGCUCCAAGAUCAAAUUCAAACGAGCCCGUAGCAAUAAGCGGAGUGGCAGGUGAUCAACCGCCACAAGGCAAGCGUAGGAAUAGGCGUCGCCGAAGAACUGCCAACAAAUGGUUUGGCCAAGAUCGAUUCCCAUCUCCCAACUCAUUGAAUUCCACUCUGGGUCUCCUCCGUGAACUGCCGUGUGCCCGGAUGCAUUAUGACAGUUUUAAACGCAUAUUUCAAAUAUUACCCACAAGGACUAUGAAGGAGAAGAAAUUUCGUUUAGAGGCGGCUAGAGAACUUCCAUUUGCGAAGUACCCGGAUGAUCAGGUGCGCAGCAUUUUGGAUGACAGCUGGCGUACAAGGGGCGCAACGAGCCAGGAAAAGGAUGCCGAAACGUGGAAUAGCAGGAUGGAAGAAAUGAUGCAGAAGAUAUCGGACUACGAUGCACUAGGACAAAGAGAGGGGGAUAUCAGGACAAUAAACGAUGCAAGCGAUACAAGUAUACGUACGAAAAAGGAUUCAUCGAGAGAUAGUUCUGAGGAAGAGGAAGGCGGGGAAGAGGACGGCAUCGAGGAGACUGACGAUUCAAUGGUGGGUGCACCGAGCAGGACAGACACACCCAGUGCAAAAGAACUUAAUCUAGAGAGUCAGACCCUCGAAGAACAACGACACCCGUCCGCGAUAACAUCGCUGGCGAACCGCCCGUCGACGACAAUAUCAGACGACUUUCUAUCUUUGAGUGAAUCUGAGAGCAAAAAGGAAUCACAAUUGCUAUCCGUGGAAAGGGAUCAAACAGCAAAGAAUGAAUCACUGCCAUGUGCUGAUUUAGACAGUGAAAACAAUACUUUACUACAUAUUCCACUAGCCAAAUACAUGGAAGUACCAGUAAUUGAGAAGGAUGGAACGCGACGAUGCAGUGUGAAACCAUCGCGAUCAGAUGUGGUAGGUCGAAAAUGGGAAAGUGGAGGCGAAGGAAAUGUUGUGCCAGUUUCACAACAUUCGACAACACAGACGCAAUCGGAAGACCAUAAUGCGCCGGAACACGCAAAAAGGGAUGCAGUUGAAUCGGGUGAACGGAUAAUCACUCCACAAGCAGCAGUCAGCCUUUUUGAAUCCGCCUGCGUUGGUCAAACACUCGGCGUGCUUUUCUGCGGUGCAUGUGGGCAACCAGCCUAUCCAGCGGAGCGAUGCGAAGCUGACGGACAGGUAUUUCACGGAGCAUGCUUUCGAUGUAAUCAAUGCGGGACCAUGUUACAACGGGGGGCAUGGAACCAACGCGGGGCCUCGUACUAUUGCAAUCCUUGCCAUCGCCGGAUCGCUUUGCAAACACUGAGACACUAA